AUGUUGAAUGGGACUUCUGCACCGUCUCCUGCUGCAGACGUGGAUGAGGAGACUCCACUACUGGACAGACCACGCACAUCAGCUGAAUCCAGGAUCCGUAACUCCAGGCUCUUCCUGGCUGUAUUCUCAGCCGUUUUGGGGAACUUCAGUUUCGGAUACUCCCUGGUCUACCCCUCCCCCGUGCUGCCGCAGCUCCAGAGCCCCAGCACUGACCCCCGGCUCAGGAUGAACACAGAUCAGGCGUCCUGGUUCGGCUCGAUCUAUGCCCUGGGCGCUGUGGCCGGCGGGCUGGGAGCCAUGCUGCUCAAUGACAAGAUUGGACGGAAGCUGAGCAUCAUGAUGUCAGCCGUGCCCUCGACUAUCGGGUAUAUGCUGCUGGGCGGGGCUGUGGACAGGUGGAUGCUCCAAGUCGGACGCUUCCUAACAGGCAUUGCUGGGGGGAUGACCUCUGCAUCCAUACCUGUUUACAUCUCAGAGAUUUCCCACCCAGCAGUGCGAGGAGCUCUGGGGUCCUGCCCUCAGAUCACCGCUGUGUUUGGUUCCCUGGCACUUUACGCCCUGGGGUUGGUACUGCCGUGGCGGUGGCUGGCAGUGGCAGGCGAGGUGCCGGCUCUGCUGAUGGUGGUGCUGCUGGCGUUGAUGCCCUGCUCCCCCAGGAGGCUGCUCUCACUGGGCAGACAGGAGCAGGCCGAGAGCGCCCUCCGCUGGCUUAGGGGGAAACACUACCACACACACAAGGAGCUCAGCGCCAUACAGGACAGCAUCAACAUACAGAGUAGAGUCACAUGGUCGCAGCUGGCCACGCCCGUCUACUACCGACCAAUCAUCAUCUCGGUGCUGAUGCGUUUCCUGCAGCAGAUGACGGGCAUCACUCCCGUUCUGGUUUACCUGGAGCCAAUCUUCUCCAAGAGCAAAGUCUCCCUAGACCCCCGGUACGAUGCCGCGCUCGUGGGGCUGGUCCGCCUCCUCUCUGUUGCCGUGGCAGCCAGUUUGAUGGACAAGGCGGGACGCAAGGCCCUGCUGUACACCUCAAGCAUGCUGAUGUUCCUGUCCACGCUGACUCUGACCUUGUACUCCCACACCACACCCUGCCCUUCUCCUCACAACCACACUGCACUGAACUUGGACUACAACCCCCACAAUGCAAUUGGAAACACUUUGGACACCGGUCACCAAACUGCAGCAGGCGUCAUCCCCCUCAUCAGCACUAUGGUCUUUAUAUUUGGUUACGCCAUGGGCUGGGGACCAAUCACGUGGCUGCUUAUGUCAGAGAUUUUGCCGCUGGUUGCCAGGGGCGUGGCGUCAGGCGUGUGCGUGGCGGUCAGCUGGCUGACAGCCUUCACACUCAUACACACCUUCACACAACUGGAGCAUGCGUAUGGCCUGUACGUGCCCUUCCUGUGGUACACCGUGGUGUGUGUGUUCUGCCUGCUGUUCACGGGCGUCUUCGUCCCAGAAACACGUGGGCGCUCGCUGGAAGAAAUAGAGAACUACUUCAGGACGGGACGCUCUUUCACUAUCAACAGCCAAUCUCCAAACACUGAACCGUAA